UUAAAACCACAGCUUAUACAAGCAGAGCAAGCCUCCUUUGGUAUAGAACAAUGUGGGCAAUCUGAACCAAUUACUCAAAGAAUUAAGAACAUUCUUAAAGAGUAUGAUGAAGAAAGUGACAUUUUCAAAGAACUUCUACAAAAUGCUGAGGAUGCUGGGGCAAGCACAUGUAAAUUCCUUCUUGACUUCCGAAAACACAGAGACCCCCCUGAAACCCUCAUUGAUGAUGGAAUGGCCCUCUGCAAUGGACCGUGUCUUUGGAUCUUCAACAAUGAACUUUUUUCACAAGAAGACUGGGAAAACAUUGUCAAAGUGGGAUCAGCAUCAAAGGAAAACAAAGCUAAAAUGAUUGGAAAGUUUGGGCUCGGUUUUAAUGCUGUUUACCAUGUGAGUGAUAUUCCCUCAAUUUUGAGUGGAAACACCCUUCUCAUACUUGAUCCAAAUGUCACCCAUUUGGAAAAACACAUACUCAGCAAAGGAAACCCAGGAAUUAAACUUGACCCAUUCCAGGAACGUUUGUACAAAAGGUUUCCUGGACAGUUUAAAUCCUAUGAAGGAAUUUUUGAUUGUGAUUUGUCUGUGCAAAACAGCAAGAAAUCCUAUAAUGGCACCUUGAUUAAAUUACCAUUUCGCUCUCUGGAGGAGGCAAAAAAGUCAGAGAUAAGUUCAAAGGUAUAUGAUGAAAACACAUUAGGAGUUUUAAAAAUCAUUUGACUGACAACUCACAAACUUACCUACUAUUUCUUAAAGGGGUUACAUCUAUGUCCCUUCAAAUUAUACCUGAAAAUGCAUCAACUCCCCCAAAGAAUGAUCAGAUUCAAACUCCUCUCAAUAUAUCCAGAGAAAUCAUGGCUUCAUUUACUGUCUUGAAUGACACAUUUCCUCAAGAGAUCAAGAGGAACUCCAGCUAUAAUGAUAUUAUACACCACAACAUUACUGAUGUCAACAGUGCAUACAUAGUCAAAAUAGUUCAAGAGCACUCAGAGAGAUCCAUCACCCAAUACUGGCUUUUGUACUCAUGUUUUGGAUCACAAGAUUCUUUGCAGAUUUUCCAGAAAAGAAAU